GCAGCUGGCGACAACGCGACGCACGAAGGAGCUUGCCGCUGUCGUUGCUCUUCAGCCAACUGAGGAAUUGUAGGCCCUGUGGUGGUUUAGAAGGCUACUCUUCAUCAACUUUCUACUGCCAGUUACGUGCAGAACAAAUUAUAAUGUCCCACAGGCAUGAGCAAGGCCCUAAGGCCCAAGAAGAGAAUGAGGGUCAGCUCAGGGAGGAGGUUCCUGUAGCUCAGGAGGUGGGCACCCCAGAAGGAGGGCCUGCUGCUCAGGCUUCCUGUUCCUCCUCUGCUCCCACCCAAGCCGCUCUACCAAAUGAGCGUUCUGCUCGUCAAGCAGAGAGACGUCAGAGCAUCUCAAAGGCCUACCUCUUCUCCAGGUUCUUGCUCAACACUCAGCUACAGUAUAAGGUGACAGAAUUGGUGAAGUUUCUGAGUUUCAAGUAUACAACAAAGCAGCCCGUCACAGAGGAAGAAAUUCUGCAGAGUGUUGUCAAAGAGUACAAGCACUACUAUCAAAUGAUCUUCAAGCAUGCCUGUGAAUGCAUGGAAAUGGUUUUUGGCAUUGAAGUGAAGGAAGUGGAUGCUAUCAACCACUCCUAUGAGCUCCUUAAAGUCCUUGACCUCACCUAUGAUGGGCGCUCGAGUGAUGAUGAUGACGAGGGCAUCCCCAAGAUAGGCCUCCUGGUGCUCAUCCUUGGUGCCAUCUUCAUGGAGGGCAACCGUGCCUCUGAGAAGAAGAUCUGGGACAUGCUAAAAACGGUUGGCGUAUUUCCUGAUCAGCAUGAUUUCAUCUGUGGGAAUCCCAGAAAGUUCAUCACUGAAGAUUUGGUUUCAGAGAAGUACCUGAAAUACCAGAUGAUACCUGGUAGUGAUCCUCCAAGUUAUGAGUUCCUGUGGGGCCCAAGGGCCCAUGCUGAAACCAGUAAGAUGCAAGUCCUGCAGUUUUUCUCCAAGGUAGUCCGGUGCAGCCCCACUUCUUUCACAGCUCUGUAUAAGGAAGCUCUGAAAGAUGAAGAGGAGAGAGCCCAGAAUGCCCUUGCCUCCAUGGCCAAUCCUGUUGCCCAGGAUGACUCAGGUUCCAGGAACAAGCCCAGCAGCUUCUCCCGCCCUGAGUAAAUUUAGGCUGGUUCUUCACACAGUUUAAAGAUGGCAGUCAGAUAUUCAAGUAGAAGAGAGUUUAGGUUCUUUUUCUUUUUGUUCCUUUUUAAAGGGCUUAUUAGCUUCAGAGUCUCCAUUCAUUAACUGUUCUUCCCACAUUUGUCGCUGUUUGUUUCAGAAGAAGAAGUUUGCUGCUGUGAAAAGUGUGUUGAGAACAUUUUCAGCUUUGAGAUCUAGAGGAAGAUCAAAUAGCAUUGCAACAGAGCUUUCCUUGGACAUAUGAAAGAUUCCAGUAGUAAAAUAGGAUCAGUACUUGCAAGAAAGAUAUAAAAAAUGGCAGAUUCUAUUGUUCUUGUAGUCUGCUUUGUGAAACUAAAGAUAUGCACCUCUUACUUAAGUUGAUUUACUGAAGAAUGCAUGUGCAAUUAAAGGUUAAUAAAGUGCA